AUUUUCCUUUGUCUUAAGAUCCAUUUUAAUUGAUUGAUUCUUGCUAAUUGUUUCUCCUCUUGUUUUAUUUUAUUUUUUUGUAUGUUUAAUUGUUCCAGUGUUGGUUUUAAUCGGUUGAAAAUGGCACAGCGUAGUAUUACCAGUUACUUUUCUAAGCCUCUUGGUGCUGCCAAUGGGAACGGUGACCUUGCCGGUAUAAGUCCGAAAAGGAAACACGAAGAUGGUUCUGGUUCCGGUGGCGAUGGUGCUUUUAGGAAAUCAAAGAAGAUCCUUAGUAAAGAGGAAGAGGAUAGUUUACAGGUGGAAUUGGCUGCAAUCGCUCGUACUAAUAAAGCUGUUUCAACCAAUAUUGGUUUAACUUGGUUUAAAGAGUUGAAAGGUGAAUUCUCAAAAGGUUAUUUCAAAGAUUUGGGUGUUUUCCUUGGUGAGGAGAGACGGAUGAAGACUAUUUUUCCACCUGAGGAUCAGGUUUACACUUGGACUACAAUGACUUCCAUUUAUGAUAUUAAAGUGGUCAUCUUGGGUCAAGAUCCAUAUCAUGGUCCAAGACAAGCUCAUGGUUUAUGUUUUAGUGUACAGAAAGGUGUUGAUCCUCCACCAAGUUUGAAAAAUAUGUACCGAGAAUUGGCUGCAGACAUUUCUGAUUUUAUGCAACCCGAACAUGGAGAUUUAACGGGAUGGGCAAAACAAGGAGUUCUACUAUUAAAUGCUUGUCUCACAGUUCGCUCUGGAUCUCCUAAUUCACAUGCUGACCAUGGGUGGGAAAAGUUCACCGAUGCUGUAAUCAAAUGGCUCAACUCAAAUUGCCAGAAUCUCGUCUUCAUCUUAUGGGGAAAUUAUGCUCAAAAGAAAGGUGCCAGUAUUGACAGUAAACGUCACCUUGUUCUUAAAGCAGCUCACCCUUCACCUUUAUCCGUUCACCGAGGAUUCUUUGGUUGUAAAAACUUCUCUAAGGCCAACACUUACUUGGAAUCAAAAGGAAAAACUCCAAUUAACUGGGGCGAUUUACCAUAAAUCCACCAAACCUAAAGUCUCAACGAUUAACAAAACAGUUCAACUCCUAAAAAGGGACAAAAAUAAUCUCCAUAUUCUCAUGACGUCCACUAUUCAUUUAUGAUUUUAAAAUUCUAUUUUCCAACUAAUAUCUUUAAGAGUUCAAAUUCUAUUCUUAAAACUCAUAUUCUCGUCAAAAUCACAAUUUCAUUUGUAUUCUUAUUGUUGAAUUUGAUUAAAUCAAAUUUAUUCUUGA